AUGAAAUAAUUAGACAUGAAUGAUACUUAGAAGCCUUCCCAAAACAAAUAAUAUUUACGGAAUAUUGUCAAAAGAGAUCAUUCAAUUACCAUUUUUUUUUGUUUUUAAUUAACUAUAGACGCUCUCAUGAUUGUUAAAUACAACUCAUAACUAAUAUUUACUAUUACUGUUUGUAUUCUUAAUACCAUUUUUGCCAUUACAACUUAAAUGAUUGAACUUACUAAUAGAAAUGUCCUAUUUAAGAAAAUAUGUAUAUUUAUCAGUAGGUUAUCUACAUUAUUAAUGAUAGCAUUACUAGACAUAUAAUUAAAGAGUGCAUUAAUUAUGUUAUUGCAUUCCUUUGAAUUCUUAGAGAUUGAUAAAAAAUAUUUUCGAUAUUUUGAAAUAAUCACAACUAGAGCAAUAACAUUAUUCAUUAUAAUUAUCAAUUUUGAUUUAAUAUCAAUUAUUUCAGUAUCCUUUUAAUUUUUAUUGGAACUCAAUAAAUUAACUCAUACUAAAAAUUAACACAAGUUUAUUUCAAAUUAACAUAAUCCAUUAGCAUAAAGUUUAAUUUCAUAAUAAGAAUAGGAUAAUUUGUGGAAAAAUAGAAUUUAAAUGAUUCCUGUAUCAUUUGUAAUGAUUAAUUCUAAAACUUAAAAAAUCAAUUUCAAAAAUAAAACUGCUCAUUAAUUCUUUUCAUUUUUUUGUGAAAAUGAUUAAGAUUUUGAAGAUCUUCUUCUACAUAAAUUAUAAUUUAAUUUAGUAUAAGAUAAUAUAGAUUAAAUUUGUUAAUCUUUUUCUUAUUUAAAAAUUCGUUAAAGAUUAAGAAGUAAAUAAAAUAGAUAUUUUUAAUAAGAGAAUUAAAACUGUGGUACUCCAGCUCCUCUAUCAGGAUCUUCAGGAAUAUAAUGUAUAUCUUCAAGAUAAGCAGAUUCUUUGGAACAUAAUACACUUAAAUUCACAUUAGCUGAAAUUAUCUCAAAUCUCUCUGAUGGUCUAUUUUAAGAAUAUAUAGUAAAUAAUUCAUUAGAAUUAUUAUGUCAUUAAAAUUUUUAAGGACUUGCAGAAAAUGCUAAUACUAAUCAUACUCAAUUAAAGAAAUUCUAAUUAUCUGGUUCUAUAUUAACUAAUCAAUAAAAUGAAGAAAUAAUACUACUUCUAAAUGAUAUAUCAAAGCAGAAUGAACUAUAAUAAUUAAUUUCUUAAGACGAAUUUAAAUCAAAAGUAACUAUAUUUCUCAUUCUUAGAUUUUAGAAUCAUUUUCACAUGAAUUGAGAACUCCAUUAAAUGGAGCCAUUAAUUUUUUAACAGCCUUCUUGUAAGAUUCUGAUAAUUCUGAAAAAUAAAAAAAUAAUUAUAUAAUUCCAGCAAUAAAUUCUCUCAAAAUUUAAUCGUAUUUAAUUAGUGAUAUUAUUGAUUUUACAUCUUCAAGUACAAACAAUUUAGAACUAUUAAUUAAGGAAUUUUCAAUGAGAGAAUUAAUUAAUGAAAUUACUUCACUUUUUUAAAUGUAAUUUUCAGAAAAACAUCUUGAAUUUAGUGUUGAUCUAAUGGAUUGUUGUACAAAUAUCAUUACAAGUGAUUAUAGUAAAUUAAUGCAAAUAUUAGUUAAUUUACUUUAAAAUUCAAUUAAAUUUUCAACUGAAGGACUUAUUGUUUUGAGAAUUUAAUCUCAUACAAAAGAUAUUUUAAAAUUUACUGUUACUGAUAUGGGACAAGGAGUUUCAUCUUCAAAUAUUUCUUAGAUUUAGUCUUAUUUAAAUAAUUUAAAGAAUCAAAAGGAAAUUCAAUUAAAUAAAUCAUGGUAAGGAUUUGGAUUAUUGAUUUCUGCUUUGUUAGUUUAAAAAUUAGGACCAUCUGAUAAAAGUACAAUUAAAUUUGAAUCUGAUGGAAUUAAUUUAGGUUCAAAGGUAUCUUUUUUUAUUAAGAAUUAAUAAGUUAAAUACAAUAGUAUAAAGUAACCAACUAUUCGAUAGAAUACAUAAAGAUUUUAGAGUUCAGUUCAUUUAAAUUCUUCACUUAAUAAUUUAAAUGGUACAAUUAUUUAGACUACAGAAUAAGCAAUGAAAAAUAUUCCCAAAUAAUAAAAAAAUAAAAUUUGUUCUUAAAAAUCAAAUGAUAAUUCAAUGUUUAGUGAAAGUCUUGUGUUUGAUUCUUUAGAUUAAAAAUUUGGUUUACUAUUUCCUGUAUAACCAUCUUUAAUUACAGAUAUAGUUUAUAAUUCACCAUAAAAAGUUGUAGAUAGAAGAAAAUAUAGUAGAAAUGAAAAUUCAUCAUAAAGAUCUAAUAAUUCUAGAAUACUUAGUAUCCAAUUUAUAAAAUAAGCUGAGGAACAAGAAGAUGAAGAAUUACUCUAAACUUAUAAAAGAAGAAAAAAGUGUCAAUGUUAAAGAAUCAUGUCUGUUGAUGAUGAAAUAUUCAAUCAAAAAUCUAUUUAAAUGUUGUUAUGUAAAUUGGGAUUUGAAGUUAUUUUAGUAUUUAUUUUAUUGUUAUUCAAAGGCAUUUAAUGGAUAAUAAGCUUGCUCUGAUAUUUAAAAAAUACAAAAAUGUAGUAAGAAGUGCCAAUUAUUAACAUUGAUUCUAAUGGAUUAUUAAAUGCCUAUUCUAAAUGGUUGUCAAGCCACUGAAAAAUUGAUUUAGAUGAUGAAUGAUAAUAUCAUCCCUAAAAUUCAUAUUAUUGGCCUAACUGCUUUUACAAACUCAAAUGAUAUUGAAAAUUGCUUAAAAGCAGGAAUGAGUGAUGUUUUACAUAAACCACUUAAUCUAAAAGAAUUUAAAGAAAUUCUUACUUUAAUUUGA